CUGGAACCUCUGGAUUGCAUUGGCCUGUAGUUGAUGAGGGGCAGGGUGGACCCGCCCUCCUCCAGAUGUGCGCCUUCUCUCCUGUGUCUCCAGUCCGCUGCUGGCUUCAGCAGAGUGCGGAGCCUCGGGAAGUCAACAGGAGGGCACAGAUAGCAACACUUGAAGUAUAAACAACGAGGAACUGGCUUUUUAGCCGUGGUCUGCACCUGUCAGGUCUUUCUCGAUCCAAUGAGUCGUGAAUUUGUUGGCGCCCCAUGAAGAGGAAUUUGCACCGGAGGUGUUUUUUUUUCUCUUUUGUCCCCUUUUUUUUACCUGGCCAGGCUCAGACGCAGAGCUGAUGGAGAGAGGCUGGGCUGAGUGCGCUGCCAAUCCGGAGCGCUGUUGAGCAGAGAGCGCAGAGAAGCCUCUGCUGACAGGGAGCGGUCUGCUGCUUUCUCCACGACCUGUAUGAAUUCUCUGAUUGUGUGUGGGGUUUUUUUUUUUUAAAGAAGUGAUUCGAGGGCUUUCCAGAAACAACAACUCGUGGAAAAAGACAACAAAAACCUUCUAGGAUUUCUUUUCAGUCUCUUGGCGACGGAAUGGGGAUGUAACCGGUGUCCACAUGCAUUUGGAAGUGGCGUGAGGUUGCCUCCAGAUUGAGAAGAGUAAACUGCAGGGGCGUUGUGGUUAAUUGAAAUCGAUCCGGUGGUCUCUUUUUGAAUGUGAAGUAGCAGCAGAGGUUCUUUCUCCUCUCCUCACCCCCUCCUCUCACCUCCAACAUGACUUCACUGUCGGGGACCAAGGAGAGGUCUGUGAGCAGCAGGAGCAGAAAAUAUGGGGUGCCCGACACUUCACCGACCAAAUCUGCGUCCUUCUUCCCAGACACAUGGUACCGAAAGGCCUAUGAGGAAACCACCCGCUCCAACACACGUCCUGCACCAGAAGGAGCUGGCUCCAUGCCAAGCUCAACAGGCACCCCAUCCCCAGGCUCAGGAAUCUCCUCACCAGGGUCCUUCUCUGGUUCACCGGGUACCAUCUCUCCUGGGAUUGGGACAGAAUCUCCUGGUUCUCUGGGCGGCUCCCCGGGUUUUGGGACAGGGUCACCAGCCUCAGGCAGUGGAAGUUCUCCGGGUAGUGAAAGAGGGAUAUGGUGUGAGAACUGCAACGCUAGGCUGGCAGAGCUGAAAAGACAAGCACUAAAACUGCUCAUCCCUGGACCUUACUCCAGCAAGGACCCCUCCUUCUCUCUCCUCCUUCAUGAUAAGCUUCAGGUGCCCAACAGUUCUCGGCGGGCGUGGAACGAACGUGAUAGUCGCUGUGAUGUCUGCGCCACUCACCUCACUCAGCUCAAACAGGAAGCUGUGCACAUGGUACUCACUCUCGACCAGUGGGAUUUGUCUCCCACCUCUUCCCCAACAGCCCUGAUUGGACGAUAUGGACCUCAAGGACCUCCGGGCCCAAUGGGAGCAUCUGGAGCACCAGGAGGUCCUGGAUCACGGGAGUGGCCUCCUCCUUUUCUUCCUUCCUCCUCCUCCUCAGCUGCUGCUGCCGUUUCACAUCCUCCUCACCCAUCCUCCCAGUCACCUUCCCCAAGUCCCAGCCAGACCCCAACGCCCAGCCCGAGCCACGGAUCAUCCAACACCAGCCAUGGGAGUCCCUCGAUGGGUCAAAUGUCAAGCUGUGCUAUCACAAACUCACAACCUCAAGGCACAGGGCACAGACUGGGAUCCAAGCCAAGCUCCCUGGGGCUUGGAGGUGGGGUGGACAGAAGGAAUGGGUCCCCCAGUUCAGGAAAAGCUGGUACCCAACAGCAACCAGUGACUGGAGUAAACAGCCCUGGCAAUAAUAGUGGUAGCAGCAGUAAUAACGGGAGUGGAGCAGUACUAAGUACAGCAGCUCUGCAGGCCCAUCAGCACCUGAACCGGACCAAUGGAGGAGUUACACUCUAUCCAUACCAGAUAUCCCAGAUGGUCUCUGAGGCCUCCAGAGAAGGUUUGACCGAAGCUGCCCUGAAUCGCUACAACACACACUCUCCUUCACACACAAAUUCAUCAUCACACACAAACUCUCCCUCUCACACUCCGGCUGUAACCACGACGGCGCCGCCGACAACCUCUGCAGCUGCCUCCUUCUUUGCCAGAGCUGCACAAAAGUUGAAUUUAGCAUCCAAGAAGAAGAAGCAGAAGACCGCCGCAGUCACAGCCCCAGUAACAUCAUCAUCACCGUCAUGUGACCCUCCUCUGUUCCCCACUAAUUUUAGUGCUGCCCUGUUGACGGUUCCACCCCCGGCUCCACCCUGCCUUCUUCGUGCAGCCAACAAAAUCAAAGAUACCCCUGGACUUGGAAAGGUGAAAGUGAUGGUGCGGGUGUGCCCAGUGUCUCAGUCGGAUGCAGCUGAGUCCAGUUCCUUCCUUAAAGUGGAUCCCAGGAAGAAACAAGUCACCAUCAUGGACCCAUCAGCCAAUCAGACACCAAGUGUUCCCUCCCAGAAAAGAGCGGCAGCCAAUCAGGUCCCUCCAAAGAUGUUCACCUUUGAUGCUGCGUUCCCUCCUGAUGCAUCACAGGCGGAGGUGUGUGCGGGAACGGUUGCCGAGGUGAUUCAGUCGGUGGUGAAUGGAGCAGAUGGCUGUGUCUUCUGCUUUGGACACUCCAAGCUGGGUAAAUCCUACACAAUGAUUGGCCGUGAUGACUCUCUUCAGACUCUGGGUAUAAUCCCAUGUGCCAUAUCCUGGUUGUUUAAGCUCAUCAACGAGAGGAAGGAGAAAACAGGAGCACGCUUCUCUGUGCGCGUCUCUGCAGUCGAGGUUUGGGGAAAAGAAGAAAACCUGAAGGACUUGCUGUCUGAAGUCGCUACAGGCAGCUUACAGGAUGGACAGUCACCUGGAGUCUACCUGUGUGAGGACCCCAUAUGUGGCAUGCAGCUCCAGAAUCAGUCUGAACUGCGUGCUCCGACCCCAGAGAAGGCAGCCUGGUUUCUGGAUGCAGCCAUAGCAGCUCGCCACAGCAGCCAAAGCUGCAACACCACCGAAGAAGAACAUAGGAACUCACACAUGCUGUUUACAUUACACAUAUAUCAGUAUCGCAUGGAAAAAACAGGCAAAGGAGGGAUGUCAGGAGGUCGCAGUCGCCUCCACCUGCUGGACCUGGGCAGCUGUGAUGUUAAAGUACUUGGAGGAGGUGGAGGAGGAGGUGGGAAAAGCAGGGAGAACUCUACACCCAGCUCGGCCCCUCUGUGCCUUUCUUUAUCUGCCCUCGGCAACGUGAUUCUGGCCCUGGUCAAUGGGAGCAAGCACAUCCCAUACAAGGACAGCAAGCUGACCAUGUUGCUAAGGGAGUCGCUAGGCAACAUGAACUGCCGGACCACCAUGAUUGCUCACAUCUCUGCCUCACCCAGAGAUUUCUCAGAAACCCUUUCCACUAUCCAGAUUGCUUCCCGGGUCCUUCGUAUGAAAAAGAAGAAAACUAAAGUCACCGUGCAAUACACUUCCAGCUCCUCUGGAGGAGAGAGCUCCUGCGAGGAGGGUCGCAUGCGUCGUCCAACCCACCUGCGACCUUUCCAUCACCGUGGUGACACUGACUCCGACCUUCCACUGCUGCGACUGUCCAGUGACCCUGAGGAAUACUCAAGCAGCGAGCAAUCAUGUGACACGGUCAUCUACGUUGGCCCAAAUGGGGCUGCAGUCUCAGAUAGAGAGCUGACGGACAAUGAGGGACCACCAGAAUUUGUACCAAUUAUUCCCGCUCUGCUUCGAGGUAAAGCACCAGAGCAGCAAACACAAAGCCAGGCAACUGGAGCACAGAGCAAGGUGCAGUCUCAGCCAGAGGACCAGCCCAUAGGCCCCUCUCAGCCCCUCCCUCAGCCCUCUCAGUCACUACUUGGUCAGCCGUUGGCUCCUGUCCCAGAGGAGGGAGCAGAGUGCCUGAAGUGCAACACCUUUGCUGAGCUGCAGGAGAGACUGGACUGCAUUGAUGGCAGCGAGGAGGUGGCAAAGUUCCCAUUUGAGGAGGUUCCAGCGAGCAAACAAGGUGCCAAACAAGAAUCAUGUCCAUCGUCAGCCGUCCCAUCCUCAGCUCCUUCUCCUCCAGGCUCUGCAGCUGUAUUGGAUACGGAAACCGAAACAGCAUGUGCUGUAGGAGGUACAGUGCAGUCGUCCUUCUCCUCAGCAGCAGCAGCAGCAACAGCCCCCAGGAGGAAGACCAAUGACCAACAGCUGCAGGACAUCAAGGAGGUAGUUGAGGAAGCGGAGCUGGCCCAGACGAUGAUCCACAGCCUGGCUCAAACUACUGGUUCCCCCAUAGUUACUAGUACCAGGAGCGUUACAGGAAGUAGCAGCAUCACCUCUAACCCCCUGCACAGAGCCAAGAGCUCACACCUGAAUGACAGCCGCGAGAGUCUGAAUGCAGGCACUGAUGGGAAGGCACGUCCCUUAGGAUCACCUCGCCUCGGCAUCGCCAGUCUGACCAAAACCUCAGACUACAGGCCUCCGUCCUCUCCCUCUCAGCGGUGUAAAGUGUAUACCCAGAAGGGUGUGAUGCCAGCAACACCCCCUCUGUCCUCACACACUCUGGCACAAGACGGCCAGGCCACAGACGCUUUGAUCUCAGACAACAGUUUGGCUGCAGACAGUGGCCGGUCCUCCACAGAGUCCCUGCUGUCCAGGACUUCUCCUGUGGGCAUGAGCCCACAGGUUCGAGAGCCAGCUCCAUCUCUGUCUGCCAGCCUGGGCUCAGCUGAGACACUCUGUGAUGAUGAUGUCCCACCGAUACCCUUGGACACGCACAGAGAUGCCUCAGCAGUAUCUCUAGGAACAGUUGGACCUCUCUCACUUGGAGAGGAUGAACUAGUGUACACUGUGGCUUCUGGAGGUGUGGAGAACCUGGAUGUUACAGCUCUCAUGGAGACUCAAGGCCUGACCUGUCGUCCAACGAGCAUCAUCAGCUUCAACAGCGACCAUUGCUCUGUCACUGCCUUCGCCUCGGGCUCCCAAGCCAUCAGCAUCAUCAGUGGUAUUUCUGAGGAUGGAGCUGUGGGGGAUUAUCACAUGGCUGCAGGUCCUGCAACAACUUCAGGAGUUACCGAGGUUGUCGCCAUGGCAGAGGUGGCAAUGGCCAAGCUGCGGACAGAAGGUGAAGCCUUAGCCACAACGAUGUCUAACUGUGGUUCACCCAUCUCCUCAUGGAUGAGUGAUCUGAGCAUGGGUAGUGACGCUGACCAGUCUCUCCACAGCUUCAGCCAGUCUCAGAGCCAGCAAGGUGAGGCCCUGGCUGAACCUGAACACAAUCAGAGCCUUUCCUUCCUUGGAGUGGAUAUGGGUGGUUAUGAAAGCCAAAGAAGUGGGAGUCUGGAAGGAGACAUGGUGCUGUCAGAGAACGGGAGUGAUAAGGGAACUCCAACUAAAGACAGGCUGAGGAAACUUCCUCCCUCUAUGGCUAAAACUAACAUCCAAAUUCUGGCAGGGCCUGGUAACUUCUCUCCCUUCAAGACCACCAUCAGUGUACACCCAUGUGUGGCUGUCAAACCCAUGGUUAUACAAGAACCAACCAUCCUCUCUUCGCCUACCAAGACCAGCUUAAUGAAAGACCCAAGCAAAUGUAAUGCACCACUUUUAGCAUCUAUUUCCAGUGAGAUGAGUUUUGAAGACCCCUGGUUGAAGCGGGGCAUGGAGGAGGGGAGGUCCAAGGAGCUUGUGUGUGAAGUGAAGCCCGGGAAGAGAGAGGUAGAGCAUUCAAAGAGCCAGACUGGAGCUGGGACCGGGGAACAAAGGAUCUUCUUCAGGGAUGGUGGGGAUCAUGGCAGCUCUAGUUCAGGUGGUGAAGCUGUGUCGUCUCCAGAUUCCUACAAGAGAGUGGUCGAUGGCUGUGAGAUGGUUGCUGUUGUUGCCCAGGGAGAAUGCCUGACUAGUGUCUACAGCCCAGAUAUCCACCGCACUGCCAGUCUUCCUCGUGGCUGGCACCGUCUCAACCGACACGACGGCUUAGAUAAUGGCAUUGAGUACCGUAAUCUUGGCGUCACCACUUCAACUCCAUGCAGUCCCAGAGCCACACUUGACCGCCGGGGAUCAACUGGAAAACAGGGAUUUUUCUCUCACAAGAAGGGGGGAAUCCCACCUUUGCCACCGGUACGGAAAUCUAGUCUCGACCAGAGGAACAGGGCAGCCAGCCCUCUCCACCAACCCAGCCACGGAGGCUCAUUACUGGGCAGCUCAGCAGAUGAUGCCGGGAUAUCUGGAUGUGGCCCUGCAGGUGUCAGCAGACAACGAGGCUCCAGCAUAGACAGCAGCAGACUUUUCAGUGCCAAGUUGGAACAGCUUGCAAACAGAACCAACUCUUUGGGUCGGGUUCACAGCUCCCACAGUGGUUCCCACCACUACGACUGCUUCUCUCUGGAGAGGGGUGGCAGCCUGAGAGGGGGAGGAGGAGGAGUGAGGGGGGACAGCACCAUGCCUCGUACUGGGCGCAGCCUCACCCGUGCUGGAUCAGUAUCUUCUCCUACUGGAAACACCAGCAGCCCCAGUUUCAGUGCCAGUCCGGGGCCAAACAGCCCUCUACAGUCACCAGCCAAAACCAGCAGCCAGUCAAAGAUCUCAGCAGUUAGUAAGCUGCUGAUGACCAGCAGUCCCAAGGCCAGGAGUCUGUCUGCCUCCAGUACCAAGACUCUGAGCUUCUCCACCAAGUCUUUAAGCCAAGCUGCCAGCCGCAGCUCCAGCCUUCCUCCUAAUGGAAAGCCCCAGAGCUCAGUCCAGAGCCCUCUGCAACAGCAGGGACCUUCCCCAGGAUCCUGGUCUACCCAAUCUUUGAGUCGCAGUCGAGGAGGAAGCCUGGCUGCCAAGCUGCCACUCCGGGCUGUCAACGGUCGAAUCUCAGAGCUCCUGCAGGGAAAUGGAGGCUCCCGUUCCAGGGGUCAUGCCCAGGGAGGAGGUACAGAUCCAGGAGAGGAAAGAGGAGCUGGAGGGGCAAGUGGAGGGGGAGCUGGAGCAGGUAAUGGUGGUGCUGGUGGUGGAGGUAGCCUGGGAGAGGAGAGGGCAGCAGUGGUCCAAACACUGCCCUCUCCAUAUAGCAAGAUCACAGCCCCUAGAAAACCACACCGCUGCAGCAGCGGCCAUGCUAGUGACAACAGCAGUGUACUGAGUGGCGAGCUCCCCCCGGCCAUGGGGAAGACGGCUUUGUUUUAUCACAGUGGAGGCAGCAGUGGCUAUGAGAGCAUGCUGAGAGACAGUAGCGAGAACACAGGAAGUACCUCCUCCGCUCAGGACUCCCUCAGUGAGCACAGCUCAGCCACCACCUCCUCCAGACGGAGCUCCAAGAGCAGCAAGAAGAGCAGGAACAACACAGGCCUCCAGCGUCGUCGUCUGAUCCCUGCACUGACCUUGGACUCUUCAUCUUCCUCACCUUCUCAUCGCUCCUCCAAACAGGCCAUCACUUCCUCUUCUUCCUCCUCCUCCAGCCCAGGUGCAUGCUGGGUAGAUGGCCCACUGGGGCCCCCGGCUCCUUCAAACCUACGGGGUGCAGCUGCAACGACAGAAACCUUUGAGAUCAAGGUGUACGAGAUAGAUGACGUUGAGCGAUUGCAGAAGAGGAGAGACAAAGGAGGAAGCAAGGAGGUGGUGUAUGUCAGUGCAAAGCUCCGUCUGCUCGAGCACCGUCAGCAGCGAAUCAGUGAAGUCAGAGCCAAGUACCAAUGUCUGAAGAAGGAGCUGGAGCAAACCAAACAGCACCUGAUGCUGGAGCCACACAAAUGGACCACUGAGUUUGAGCUACAGCAGGCCUACGAGGUGGACUCUCUGGAGUAUUUGGAAGCUCUUGAGACAGUGACGGACAAACUGGAGACCAGAGUCAACUUCUGCAAAGCUCACCUCAUGAUGAUCACAUGCUUUGAUGUGUCCUCAAGACAUCGAUAGACAGAUGGGGUGACAGAGAGCUGGAGGACGUAGAAGCAGACCCAUAACUGGACAUAAUCAGAUGUCAACAUUCGAACCUUUUGCCCCCUGAUUAAUCAAACACCUUUAAAAAAUAUCUCCUAAUAUAAUUCAUCUCAUUGGAUGACUGGACAGUUGGAAGGAGGAACACAGGGGUGGACUGACCAUCCGGUAUGUCAUCCUCAUGUCUCCUCCGGAUGUAAGUAGGCAGAAGGACAGAUGGAUGGAGGGAUGGAAGGAUGAAAUGAAUGGAGAUAUAUAGAUAUCUAACAGGCCAACAGACAUAUGAGUGUAGAUUUUUGUCUCGGGGGCUUGGAAACUCUCAGAAACAUUAAACAGAAUUGAAUGGACAAGCAACUUUGAAUCAGAUAAACAGGCCUCCCAAAGAGGUAGACAGACAUACAAACAUACUAUGCUGUUUCCAGAGAAGUGGCAUUAACUGGACUACUGAGACACCUUUUAGACUGAGUCAAACAUUUAGGAAUGUAUGCAGAAGAAAGGAGUGAAGAGAGAGGAACAAAAACUGCCAUUUUUUAAUCAAAGAAGGAUACAAAAUGGGGAGGGAGAUAAGAACAAUUUCCCAUCAUCCCCCAUCAUUUUAGAAGAGCACUUUUUCGAGUUUACACAGCCGAGAGCAAUCGGCUGUAAAAAAUGAGUGCUGACUACAGAAUGUCCUGGUAUUGUUGUGCAGUUAAUAAAAGAGACUGACCAAGAGAAAGACAGGAGGACAAAGAAAAAUGAUUUAGAUAAGUGCCUUGUGAACAUUUCAACAAUACCAAGACCAGUUCUCUUUCUCUCUGAAUUUGUGUACAUGCAGUAAGUAUGGUGCUAGCAUAGAAAUUAAAAAAACACACACACAAAAAAAACAAACAAAAAAAAAAAACACAAAAGAUCAGUGUCCUUGGAAAAUCUUUGAAUUUAUAGCCAUUCCUAAAUGUGAUGUUUUACUGUGGGUCAAUGUUUCACUACAUCAUAGAUAAACUAAUACUGUAUGUUUGAAUGGUCUUUGGUACAACAAUGAGAAAUUAGACUAAAUUUAAACUGGCUCCCUAAAUAAAAGUUUAAAGAAGACCUACAGAGGACUAACAAACCUGUUGCAAGCACCAAAAGUUAAAUUUGAAGAAAGCACAUGAUUUUUCCAGGACACAGUGUCAGGUGCGUAAAAUAAAGAAAAACAAAAAAGCUGAAAAGGAUAGUUUCUUGUGAUGGUUGUUUUUACCUUGACUUCACUUAUGUGCUCAAGCAGUGCACAUAUGAAUUUUGACCCUCUGGGGCAUACGUACAGUAUGUUUCCCCUGAUACAUGUGAUGGCUUUUUCAUGUUCACAAAGCAAUUAAACGUCUGAGUCACAUAGGAGUGGAAAUGAAAAUGUUUUUUCUCUGAUCCAGUGUGAAGUACAUCCAUCGAUUGACUUGACUGUCAGACUGACUGACAGACAGACCGUCUGUUAUUUGUAUCUGUGUUGUUCUGCUCUAUUCUAAAAGAAACUGAAUGAUUUGUCAAUGUGUGUUUUAUAAUAAGGUAUCUUUUUUUAUUUGAGUGCAAUGGGACCAUGUAGAGAUGAUGUAUGAUAAUAGGAUAAUGGAAAUAAAGUUAAAGACAUAGAAAAUUGUGAGAAAGAUACAACUACAGGGUGAGCCUGCUUACAUACAGUGUUAAAAUUUCCAUUUUUAAAGUCCUGUAUUAUUGGAAUAAAGUAGUGAAUUUAGACUGGAAACACUUAUUUGAAUUAUGGUUAUAAAAGAAAUAUUUAAAAAAGUUCCAGUAUUGUCUUUUAUUGAAAGGUUAUAUUAGGUACACAUUAAAAAAUAUAUAAAAGGAACGAGACAAAACUAAAGAAAGAAAAGGAUGAUGACCAAAUUUUAGAGGCAACGAUCUCUGCCUGGUUCCAUUUUUUUUGGAUGGAUAGCAACACUUAUGAUGUGUUAAUAUUAUUAUCUAUGGUGCUUGAGAUGUUUAUGAUCUAAAUGUUUGUACAAAUAUAAAUAUAUGAAAGAGCCUGUUUCCCUCCGAAAUACAGAACAAUACCCUUUGAAUGCUUCUUCUACAUCGCUGUCAUCACAUCAUGACAUCUGUUCUCAACACCACCACCCUCCCCUCUGAAUGCCUUUUGCCCAGCAGGCAGAGAGCAUUCUGGGAGAUCCUGCUUGUUUUCUGAGAGGUAAAGGAAAGAAUAGACACCGUCUGUAAUGGUAUUGGUGUGAUUUGUCAAAAGCAUCGUAGUGCUAGAUUUAUCUUUAUCAUAAUAGAACACCGUCCACUGGACGGACACAAACAGGAAAUGACUUUAAGUGUUUUAAUCUUCUCGUGGCUGUAAGAGUCAUUUAUUUCACCCGCAGUGACAGCCACGAGAUAAUCUAUUAGGAAAUUACCCCACAAACUAAGAUGCUUUUGACAGACUGGACCCAUGAAGCAUUUUCACAGGAGGUGGGUGAAGUUGCCUCGUGACAUCUCUGAUCGUUUCAAUUCGCCGUGCCCACCAAGAAUGAAGGUUAAUUUAUUUGAGCUCAGGAGAACAGAGUCGCUUAUUAUUAGGUUGUUAUUUAUUUACACCUUAUGAUCUCAAAAGUUACUAUGCAUUGAAGAAAAAGGAAAAAAAAAACUGUACAUACUUUGCUGAGCCCGUGUCAUAUAUAAAUAUAUAUACUGUACACAUAUCAUAUAUACGCUCAUUUUUAUUUUAGAUAUUUUCUGUUUUGAUUUGAGUUGCUCCUGUUGUUCCAGUUGGAGAUUGUAAUGAGUUUGGGUUUCCUAAAACAUUCACAUCCAGGGUAGCUAAUGUGGUUCAAGCACAACAGGAAUUAUAGCUGAUUAAAUACAGACCACAGCUUAAAAAUAUUUUUUUUUUACAUGAAAAGAAGAAAACAGUUGAGUAUGAAGACUUCUACAUUGUUACAAGUGAAAUACCAAUAUACUCCACAGUAUUAAACAAAGCAUUGGCUAAUUAACAGUGGAUGUUUUGAGAACUCCAACCUCUGGAUGAGUUUAACGGCCUGUACUUGUUUCCAGAUUUAAGAUGCUAUGUGUGGGGUUUUUUUCCCUUGACAUGUCACUGCCAAAUCUACUGUGAUAGCGCUUUAUAAUUCUAGCAAUAAUUGUAACAAACACUUUGUUUUGGUGACCCCCAUAUUGUGUAUUAAUUUGACUGACCUCAGACGGUUUGUUACAUUGUUAAAACUGUUUGGGAAAAGGGCAGACAUGUAAAAAAAAAAUACUCAGCAGGUGAUUGGACGAACCACCUGUCUAUCACGGGCAAACUCAAACUUAAAUCCAUCAGUCUUACAGUAAUCAGAAGAGUCAGGAGAGUGAAAACAAGCCUCCCCUGCAUUUCUUUGCUCUUCUCUCAACAAAGAAACACUCUCCAGUUCUGAUAUAACUGAUGCUAUUACUUCUCACACGUCGUCACACACACCUAACAUUAAACCACACCUGAAAGAAAUAAGCUAGCAUGCUAAAAAGGGAUGCACUCAUUCUCUGGUGCUUUAAAUUGAAUUAUUACACCAAAUGCCAUCUGUUAUAUCAGGGUGGAGACACACACACACACACACACACACACACAAAAAACACACACAGAGCCUAAUAAACAAAGUGACGUAUGUGCUGUUAUGUAUUUCAACUGAAGCAUUCAAGGAUUAUAAUGUGUUAUCUGGAAAUCUGAUACAUAGCAUCUUUAAGUCCUUAACGAGUGUUGUGUGUGUUAACGUCUGGGUCAGAUCACAUUUUCCAAAAGCAGGUUUUAUCAGCUGCAGUAAGACAUCAGCUGUAUUGUAAGACAGACAUACAGACAGAGUUCAGCUGAGAUGUGACACGUGUUCAGUGCAAACCAGAGUUUGAUAUGAAGGGUGAAAAUUUCACUGUGUGUCGCCUCCACAAUUGACAUCCUCUGCAGAUUUGUGUUUUUUUGAGAAAUGUGGUCUGACACUUUAUGUUGAUGAAGAGCAAGCUGGAGGGAUGUAAAUAAAGAAAAGUACUGAAAGA